UUUUUACUCCUAAGAGUAUUUCGUGUUCCUCUGGGGAACAUGAGCAGAAAAGAUGGAGAAGUAGGUAAAAGAGUGACCUCAGAAUACCUUCCCUCCAAUCUCCCAGAGACAACCACUGUUAACCAGCUCCUGGUGAAAAUUAAGCCUUCUGCAUGCAUGUAGAAUACAUGUAUCCUCCCCCCAGUGGAAUUAUAGUAUAUUUUAUGUUUGCAGUCUGGUUUUCUUACUUCACUGUAUCACAUACAUAUCUAUUUCAUUUUGCAGAUGUCUUAUCAUUUAUCUGCUUAAUACCUUAUUGACAUUUAGAUGUAUUCCUAACUUUUUGAUAUCAACUGCUUGAUGACGCAUAGCCUCACUGAAAUCUUUGCCUUGUCUGAAGACUCUUCAAGUGGAGUUGACAGUUGGGAAUCCGAUUAACAUUCUAAUUCUGUGUCUUCUUUUCCGAUGAGGAUUCCAAACCAAAUAGAGCUUAUCAGAGCCCCAGACUUCAUGUUCAGCAUCAAGAGCCCAGUCACUCCAUCACCCCUGGGUGACAGCAGUCACUGUUAGGGGUAAAGAGGACAGUCUUUAAUAAGCUCAUUAUUUAUAGGAAAGAAAGUCUGACUACAAAAACAGUCAAGAUAUCAAAUCAAAAACUACAAGUGAUGUUUGUUGCCAAGGAUUACCGAUCAUUGUAUUCUCCAUUCCCCAAUUAUUACUUGUAAUCGUCUCAGCAGUAAUUUGUAAUAUGGAAGAGAAUAAAGCUUGAGACUGAGGGAAAGACAGCGAAUGGAGUUCUUGAAGCCUUCUUCUUUGUUGUCCCUUAAUGACCCCCAGUGAGCCCCAGACCAUGCUUUCUCCACAUAACUCCAUUUAAGUAUCUUCAGUGGAAACCUUGGGUGAGCAAUAAAAACUCUACGCCACUAAUAAUACUGGGAUUAGUGUGUAUGUGUAAACACACUAGCCAGUCAUUCAGACAUAAAAAUCUUCAGAGAUUUUAAAAUCUGUUUCAAGGCACUCAGAGACCUUUCAGCUAAGUUUGACAAGGCUCUCUCCUUUCCUCUUUAAUAUCAUGAGCUAAAAUUUCUAAAGGAAAGGAGAAUGGAAUGAAUAGUGGAGUCGGGCCUGAAGUGUUUGCCUGCAGUGUAUUUAUCUUUAAAUAGCUGUGUUGAAGCAGGGUCCACAUGUCUCCCACCAGAGGUAUAAUUAGGAUUUCCCCAGGUACAUGCGAGGAAGAGGGUACGUGUCGUGUGCUGCAUGCAGCAAUUCGUACUCUCGCUGUUUUUGCUGUCACCUCUCUCGUUAUUCUUAAUGAGUUCUGUCGUCUUCUCUUUGUUCUGACUCUGAUUAUUAACAGAUUAAAAAAGCUUAACACAGCAGAGCAGUAGCAGGUUAAAUGAUUCUCGUAUUUACAUUUUUCUUUUUAUGGGGCACUGCAAACAAGGGGGAUUCCCAAAGGCGAUUCCUGAAACAUACACACACCUACACACAGCUUGUUUUUCUGACUGUGGUUCUUCUGACCGUGGAUGUCAGAGUUCAGCCAGAUAAAGAGCGCUUCUUGGGGAAUUCCUAGUAAAGAAAGCACUGGCAGCCAUUGUGAAGGAUUGCUUUCUGUUUUGGGCCUGCCUGCCUUUUGUUUCCCAAGUCUUAGAGAAUCUUCAGUGAUCAGCUGUCAUUCAACUGCUAAUUAAUUCAGCCAGCCAGCCUUUAUUGAACGCUUUUUAUAUGCUAGACACCUAGAAGACAGAGAUUAGAAACAGGAAAGUAGUAUCAGUCUGGUAGGUGAAAGAGAGGAUAACAGUAAACAUGUGAAAAUGCCAGGGUAGAGGUGCACAGCAUGUACAUGCAGGGAGGCAGGGGCACUCUGCCCAGGGCUGCCUGAGAUGGCUCUGGAAGGGACAGGACGCUUGAGCUGGCUUCUAGAAACGGCGUGGGGCUUGGAAAUUCUGCAGAAGCCCCCGCCAAGGCAUGGAUUCGUGUUGGGGUAUGUUGAUUGGAUGGUCCCAGGUUAGAGGAAGGAAGUUAGAUGUGUCGGAUUCUGUGGUCCCUGAGCUAGACAGUAGGGCACUGUCGAGGUUCCUUAGCUGAUAGGUGGGUUAAUAUGCCUAGACCUUUAUUUAGGAGGAUGAUUCUGGCAGCAAAGGAAAAUGGAUUGAGGCUAUAGGAAGGCCAUCCUAGGGGUUAUUGUAGGAACACAGGCAGGAGGCUGAAGGCUGAAGCCUGGUGGAUAUUGGGCAGAUGACUUACAUGGCUCUCAGCUCAAGUUUAAUUUGUAAAGUGGCUAUGUAGUGUCUAUAGCACACAGUCGCUGUGGUGGUGAACGAAAGCUAAUGGGUGUGAAACAGCCCCAGAUGAAGCCUGUGGUGGUCAGCCCAGUAUACUACGUAACUAUUUCCCAGGGAGGUUAGGCAGCUGUUUAGCAGAGAGGAGAGGAGGGUUUGAAAUUUCAGAGGAACAGUCUAGAAGACCAGCUUACUAGACUGCAGGUAUUAGACAAGAAUCCCACUCGUGGAGUUUUCUCUAAAGACAGUUGCCAGCUUUAUUGGCAAGGAGCACAUAUUUGGAUACAGUACUGGCUUUUGGUAUGGAGGACAAUAAAUUCUAAGUAGGGCAAAUGCAAAAGCCUGGGGUGAUUUAGAGGUCACAGAGUGAAAGGGGAUUAACCUGCUAGAAAGCAAUUAAGUAAUCCUCCAAUUGCAAGGAACACUGUGGUGCUAAUAAUGAACUUCCUUGAGCAAAGUGGGAAUGCUGUUACAUUAUAUGAACUCUCUGGAGAGGAAGGCAUACCGUCACAGUGGUACACAACUUCAUCUGUGGGAUCCUUCUGAGUGGCAUUGCAUCUUAAUAUCUGAGAGCCAUAAUGGUGGUCCAGAAUGCCACCUUGAGGGUUUUAGUGGCCACCCUCUCUUUCCUCCAAAUCAAACCAGCGUUAUGUUCCUCAGAUGCCUAGUUUCCAAUCAAGUCUGUGUUACUUGGCCGAGUCCUGCUGAGCUACAGUUUCUUUGCCAGGAUAGUUUAUCAGGCUAGUUAUGAAGAAAUAUGAAACCGUGGAGUUCUUAAGCCCCAAGUAGGGGAAGGGUGGAUCCCUUUUAAUUGCUCUGUGACCUUGAUCAGUUGUUCAGACUCCAAGACAUUUUGCUCAGAGGCUUGGCCCUGCUCCAGGCCAGCUGACCUCUGAUCAGGCUUUGCCCUCCCUGAAGAUAACGUUGGCACCCUUUUCCCUGCCAGUGGCUGCUGGUGCAGGCUCAGUAGUACUUUUCACAGUCAUCUCCAGCCUUCUCCUUAGUUUCUAGAGAUUCCCUUGGUAUUCUGUUAGGAUUUGUGGACACUUUGCAUGGGGAAGAGAGUAUAGAUUGUGGUGGUCAUCAAGGUCACACAGCCAUUAUUUGAAGUACCUUUCUACGUUGUUUCCACUUCUAAACUUGAUGGGCAAAAGGUAAGUAGGUUGAGCUCCUAGUGGUUGCUCUAUGGUGUGAUUUGUGCAUUCAUUUGAGAUAAAGAGAUCCAGAGACCUCAUUGCAUUUGAUUAGAUGUGUGUUUUUAAGCCACGUGUAUAGAUAACAGUGUGGAAAAGAUUGUAAGGGGAGUAUUCCAGCUGUUAAUUAAAAGAUACUUUUCUCCCGUUGCUAUAGGCCAGGUCUGCAUGUGGGCUGACAUUGUUAGGAGAUGCUGAGUCCGUCCUCUUAGGGCUCUUGCAGACAGAACACGUGCCAUGAGGUUCUCCUGCGCUGCCCAACAGCAUGGUAUAUUUCGGAAGCUCUCAGGAUGAGGAGGACGUCGAGGAGGAAGAUGAUGAGACGGAAGACGUCAAAACAGCCACCAACAAUGCUUCAUCUUCAUGCCAGUCAACCCCCAGGAAAGGAAAAACCCACAAGCAUGUUCACAAUGGGCAUGUUUUCAAUGGUUCCAGCAGGUCAUCACGGGAGAAAGAACCUGUUCAAAAACACAAAAGCAAAGAGGCCACUCCCGGCAAGGAGAAGCACAGCGAUCACCGGGCUGACAGCCGGAGGGAGCAGGCUUCAGCGACCCAUCCCCCAGCGGCCCCCUCCCCGGGUUCCUCGGCCAAGGGGCUCGCUGCUAACCACCACCACCCCCCUCUGCAUCGGUCGGCUCAGGACUUACGGAAACAGGUUUCUAAGGUAAACGGAGUCACUCGAAUGUCAUCUCUGGGUACAAGUGCAACCAGUGCCAAAAAGAUGCGCGAAGUCAGACCUUCACCGUCCAAAACUGUGAAGUAUACUGCAACGGUGACGAAGGGGACUGUCACAUACACCAAAGCCAAGAGAGAACUGGUCAAGGAAACCAAACCCAAUCACCACAAGCCCAGUUCAGCUGUCAACCACACAAUCUCAGGGAAAACUGAAAGUAGCAAUGCAAAAACCCGCAAACAGGUGCUAUCCCUCGGGGGGGCGUCCAAGUCCACCGGGCCCGCCGUCAAUGGCCUCAAGGUCAGUGGCAGGUUGAACCCAAAGUCAUGCACUAAGGAGGUGGGGGGGCGGCAGCUGAGGGAGGGGCUGCGGAAUUCCAAGAGGAGACUGGAAGAGGCCCACCAGGCGGAAAAGCCGCAGUCGCCCCCCAAGAAGAUGAAAGGGGCGGCUGCCUGUGCUGAAGCCCCCAGCAGGAAGGCAGCGGCAGCCCCGGCCCUGGCCCCAGCCCCGGCGGACAGGGCCCUCCUGAGUGGCCCUGGGAAGAAGGACGUGCCCGAGCGCAGUGCGGAGCGGACCCGGCCAAAGCGGGCCACGGCCGGGAAGAGCACGCCGGGCAGACAAGCACACGGCAAGCCGGACGGCGCCUCCUGUGAAAAUCGUUCUACCUCGCAAUCGGAGACCUUGCACAAGCCGCACGAGACCUCGGCCAGGCCCGAGAAGGGGGGCGGCAGGGCCGGCUGGGCGGCCAUGGACGAGAUCCCCGUGCUCCGGCCGUCGGCCAAGGAGUUCCACGACCCACUCGUCUACAUCGAGUCGGUGCGCGCUCAGGUGGAGAAGUACGGCAUGUGCAGGGUGAUCCCCCCUCCGGACUGGCGGCCCGAGUGCAAGCUCAAUGACGAGAUGCGCUUCGUCACGCAGAUUCAGCACAUCCACAAGCUGGGCCGGCGCUGGGGCCCCAACGUGCAGCGGCUGGCCUGCAUCAAGAAGCACCUCAGAUCUCAGGGCAUCACCAUGGACGAGCUCCCGCUCAUCGGAGGCUGUGAGCUCGACCUGGCCUGCUUUUUCCGGCUGAUUAACGAGAUGGGCGGCAUGCAGCAAGUGACUGACCUCAAAAAAUGGAACAAACUAGCAGACAUGCUGCGCAUCCCCAAAACUGCCCAGGACCGGCUGGCCAAGCUCCAGGAGGCCUACUGCCAGUACCUGCUCUCCUACGACUCCCUGUCCCCCGAGGAGCACCGGCGGCUAGAGAAGGAGGUGCUGAUGGAGAAGGAGAUCCUGGAGAAGCGGAAGGGGCCCCUGGAGGGCCACACGGAGCACGACUACAACAAGUUCCACCCCCUGCCCCGCUUUGAACCCAAGAACGGGCUCAUCAAUGGCGUGGCACACAGGAACGGCUUCCGCAGCAAGCUCAAAGAGGUGGGCCAGGCCCAGCUCAAGACGGGCCGGCGGCGACUCUUUGCUCAGGAAAAGGAAGUGGUGAAGGAGGAGGAGGAGGACAAAGGCGUCCUCAGUGACUUCCACAAAUGUAUAUAUAAGGGAAGGUCUGUUUCUUUAACGACUUUUUAUCGAACAGCAAGAAAUAUCAUGAACAUGUGCUUCAGCAAGGAGCCUGCACCAGCUGAAAUUGAGCAAGAGUACUGGAGGUUAGUGGAAGAGAAGGACUGCCACGUGGCAGUGCACUGCGGCAAAGUGGACACCAACACUCACGGCAGUGGAUUCCCAGUGGGAAAAUCAGAACCAUUUUCAAGGCAUGGAUGGAACCUCACCGUCCUCCCCAAUAACACAGGGUCCAUCCUGCGUCACCUCGGUGCUGUGCCUGGAGUGACAAUUCCCUGGCUAAAUAUUGGCAUGGUCUUUUCUACCUCAUGCUGGUCUCGAGACCAAAACCACCUUCCCUACAUUGACUACUUACACACUGGUGCUGACUGCAUUUGGUAUUGCAUUCCUGCUGAGGAGGAGAGCAAGCUGGAGGACGUGGUCCACACCCUGCUGCAGGCCAACGGUACCCCAGGGCUGCAGAUGCUGGAGAGCAACGUCAUGAUCUCCCCGGAGGUGCUGUGCAAAGAGGGGAUCAAGGUGCACAGGACCGUGCAGCAGAGCGGCCAGUUCGUUGUCUGCUUCCCGGGAUCCUUUGUGUCCAAAGUGUGCUGCGGCUACAGCGUCUCUGAGACCGUGCACUUUGCCACCACGCAGUGGACAAGCAUGGGCUUUGAGACUGCCAAGGAAAUGAAGCGUCGCCAUAUAGCUAAGCCAUUCUCCAUGGAGAAGUUACUCUACCAGAUCGCCCAGGCGGAAGCCAAGAAGGAGAACGGUCCCACUCUCAGCACCAUCUCAGCCCUUCUGGACGAGCUCAGGGAUACGGAGCUGCGGCAGCGGCGGCAGCUGUUCGAGGCCGGCCUCCACUCCUCUGCCCGCUAUGGCAGCCACGAUGGCAGCAGCACCGUGGCGGAUGGGAAGAAAAAGCCUCGAAAGUGGCUGCAGUUGGAGACCUCAGAGAGGAGGUGUCAGAUCUGCCAGCAUCUGUGCUACCUGUCUAUGGUCGUACAGGAGAACGAGAAUGUGGUGUUCUGCCUGGAGUGUGCCCUGCGCCACGUGGAGAAGCAGAAGUCCUGCCGAGGACUGAAGCUGAUGUACCGCUACGAUGAGGAACAAAUUAUCAGUCUGGUCAAUCAGAUCUGUGGCAAGGUAUCUGGUAAGAACGGCAGCAUUGAGAACUGUCUCAGUAAACCUACACCAAAAAGAGGGCCCCGCAAGAGAGCGACGGUGGACGUGCCGCCGGCCCGGCUUUCCUCCUCCAGCGCAGCCAAAAGUGCUUCGAGCUCCUCCUGA